AUGCUGGUCCAAGAGUCCCACCUGCUACAACAGGCCGGAGUGGUCACUCUAGUGGUCAGCGUGGGUUACCUCACAGACCCGCACGAGCUGUCUGCCAUCGCCGGGGACAGGGUAUUCCGAGCCUUGACCUUCGCUGAGGUCACCACCUUGACCGAUGACCUUCUGACCUGCGUGUGUCAGGGGGCAGGCAAUCCCCAAAGACCAGUUCUCAGCCCAGCUAAUGACGUCAGAAAUGUCACUAUCACAUCGCCCUCGCAGAGCAACACGUUCAGCCACGUAGCAACAGAGUCACGCGACGUGACAUCCUCCAGACAUGUGACAUCCAGUUCGCGUGGUGCAGUAUCUAUCCAGCCAACAACUGUCUGGCCACAUGACGCGAAAUCUUCUGAAUACACUGCGCCCGUUGCCUACUCAGAGACGUCAUCAUCAAGUGCACCAUCUGGUAGGAGUGACGUCACGUUUACCAGUCACACGCCAUUUGUGACUCACGACGUGGCAUUUGCCACACAUGGCUCGAAUGACGUGAAGUCUGAAAAGUUCACAGCGUCCACAUCGCUUGGCGUAAAAUUGAGAGGGCUCACGUCACCCACCACGUCCCCCACCACGUCCCCCACCACGUCACGUGGCUCGAUAUCAACAUCAACCGAGCAGGCAUCUCUUUCUUCAAGUCACGUGUCAUUUCUAAGCCACUCGUCUUUUGCGUCCCAUGACCUGACACCGUCAAGAAAAACGACUCCUGCGUCACGCGACGUGACGACCUCUAGGCGUGACGUGACCGCGGAGUGCCGUGACGUGAUGGACACGUGCAGACAGUACCCACGUGAUAUGUGUCGUGACUACAGUGCGUGGGCGGCAGACAACUGUGCACGGACGUGUGGCUUUUGUGUCUCCAAAGAAUUUGUCUUUGCAGACGACGAAAGCACCCAGGCUUUUACGACACCACCUCCAAAGGCAACAGAUAACAGUGACGUCAUCAUUUCGACCACAACUUCACAAAGUACAUCGUGUGCAGACGACUCUGGUUGUCGUGACGUCACCACGGACGUCACGACUGACGUCACAGCAGGCAGCACAAUGACAAAACUCCACUUUGACAUGACCUACAUUCCAGAUGUCCCGAGUGGAGACUGCCGGAUGUCUGCCGGCUACAGGACGUCCCAGGUGCGUGUUGUCCGGUCCCCUCAUGUCCUCCCGGGUACGUCCUCACAGCUGCUGUCCUGGACCACUGACGUCACAACUGGACCACUGACGUCACAACUGGACCACUGA